CGCGGGGAGGGCUGCGCCGACCGCCGACGCCGCGGCCGCCUCGCCUCGCAACAGGUCGGCCGCCUUCCGGGAGCCUCGCCCUGCGCCGCCGCCCCCCGCUCCCGAGACCCGGGCGCCCCGCUCGGCUCGGGCCGCGGCUCCCAUGCGGUUCGGGUCCAACAUGAUGCCGAUGUUCCUCACCGUGUUCCUCAGCGACAACGAGCAGCACUUCACCGAGGUCCCCGUGACCCCCGAAACCACGUGCCGAGAUGUGGUGGAUCUGUGCAAAGAACCUGGAGAGAGCGAGUGCCACCUGGCUGAAGUGCGCUGCGGCUCCGAGCGUCCGGUUGCUGAUAACGAGCGCAUGUUUGAGGCUCUGCAGCGGUCUGGAAGUCAGAGGAACGAAGUUCGUUUCUUCCUUCGUCACGAACGGCCCCCCGGCAGGGACACAGUGAGUGGACCAAGGUCUCAGGAUCCAAGUUUAAGAAGAAACGGUGUAAAAGUUCCUGGUGAACAUCGAAGGAAGGAGAAUGGCGCUGGCAGCCCCGGGAUGGAUCUGACUCUGGCCGAGCUUCAGGAGAUGGCGUCCCGCCAGCAGCAGCAGAUUGAGGCCCAGCAGCAGAUGCUGGCCACUAAGGAACAGCGCUUGAAGUUUUUGAAGCAGCAGGACGAGCGCCAGCAGCAGCAGGCUGCGGAGCAGGAGAAGCUGAAGAGGCUGAAGGAGAUCGCGGAGAGCCAGGAGGCGAAGCUGAAGAAAGUGAGGGCGCUCAGGGGCCACGUGGAGCAGAAGAGGCUGAGAACGGCCGUGGAGGAGAUCGAGCAGAUGAACAGCCUGUUCCAGCAGAAGCAGAGGGAGCUGGUUCUGGCCGUGUCCAAGGUGGAGGAGCUGGGCCGGCAGCUGGAGGUGCUCAAGAACGGCCGGCUGGACGGGCGGCACGACGGCAGGUGCGCCGCGGCCGAGCUCGACCGCCUUUACAAGGAGCUGCAGUUACGAAACAAACUGAAUCAGGAGCAGAAUUGCCGCUUGCAGCAGCAGCGGGAGUGUCUGAACAAGCGCACCGAGGUGGCAGUCAUGGAAAGCGCGUGAACGAGCUGCGAGGACCGGCUGGUGGAAGAGAAGGCGGCGCUGCAGCACAAGGAGGGCCCCCCGGUUGACGGAACCCCGCCCCCGCAGGGGCUGCCGGCACCCAGCCGCGUGGCCGCGGUGGGCCCCUACAUCCAGUCGUCCACGAUGCCCCGCGUCCCCUCGAGGCAACUGGUGGUGAAGCCCGCUCUGCCUGACGGCCCCGGGGCCCCGCAGGCUUCGGAGGGGGCGCUCAGAGUACACACGCUGCCCAGCACGCGGUCUGCGGCUGCCGCCAGGCCAGAGGGCUCUAAAAUCCAUCCACUCAGCCCUGACUGGAGCCCCCCAAGUGCAGACGUCACCGUGAGCCAGCCCUCCGGGCCUGCACCCACCGGCUCUGGGCGGGCCCUGGACCAAGUUGACGAUGGAGAGGUUCCCCUGAGAGAGAAGGAGAAGAAAGUUCGCCCCUUUUCAAUGUUGGACUCGGUGGACCAGUCGGCUGGCCCUGCCCCCUGUGGGGGUCUGAGGAAAAACCAGAGCAGUGGAAUCUUGCGGGACGCUCAGGCUGCAAAUAAAAAUGUGUCUAAAGUACCACCUCCCGUUCCGUCAAAACCAAAACAGAUUAAUUUGCCUUAUUUUGGGCAAACGAGUCCGUCACCCUCAGACGUUAAGCUGGACGGAAACCCUCAGCAGUUAUCAAACAGCGGCGCAUCUGUGGGAAAUAAACCCAAACAGCAGGGCAGGCAGCGGGUCUGCUGUCCCCCGGGCACACCUUCCGUCGGCCAGGGCCGGCCCUCGCUCCAGCUUGUAAGCAAGAAGUCCCCUGCGGCCGCCGUCCGGCCCUUCACUCCGCAGCCUUCCAAAGACGCCCCUCCUCCGCCCUUCAGAAAGCCCCAGAUGGCCACGAGCUCCAUAUACUUGUACACGCAGCACCAGGCGCCCGGGAAGAACUUCCAGCAGGCCGUGCAGAGCGCGUUGACCAAGACGCAUUCCAGAGGCCCGCACUUCUCAAGCGUCUACGGCAAGCCUGUGCUCGCUGCUUCCCAGACCCAGCAGCAGCAUCCGGAGAACGUCUAUUCCAGCGGCCAGGGCGAGCCCGGCAGUCCCGAACCUGACCCGGAGCCCGUGGCGCCCGCUCAGGAGAACCACGAGAACGAAAGAAUUCCUCGACCGCUCAGCCCGACCAAAUUGCUGCCUUUCUUGUCCAAUCCCUACCGGAACCAUGAUGCGGACUUAGAAGCCCUGCGGAAGAAACUGUCCAAUGCCCCACGGCCGCAAAAACGGAGCUCCAUUACAGAGCCAGAGGGGCCCAAUGGGCCAAAUAUCCAGAAACUCUUGUACCAGAGGACCACCAUCGCUGCCAUGGAGACCAUCUCUGUCCCCUCGUAUCCAUCCAAGCCGACUCCAGGCACGGCCGACUCAGAAGGCCCAGGAGAAAUCCAGAAUCCGUACUCACAUGUGGAGCCAGAGAAGGAGACGGUCUCUCUGGUUCCCGAAUCGGUGUCCCCGGAGGAAGUGGGGAGCACCGGUGUGGAGAACGGCGACAUUCCAGCUCCUUCACCAGGCCUCGACUGUGUGCCCGAAGGAGUCCCAGACGGCAGCCCACGUUUCCAGAAUAGUGUGGAGGAACCGAGAGCAGAGACUCCGCACCUGCUCGAGGUGUACCUGGAGGAGUACCCCCCGUACCCGCCCCCGCCGUACCCGACCGGGGAGCCAGAAGGGCCAGGAGAGGACUCUGGGAGCCUGCGUCCCCCCGAGAACGGGCAGGUCUCUCUGCCUCCUGCAAAAGGACAAACAUUACGUAAAACUGGCUCUGACAGGAUCGCCCAUAGGCAUGAGGGUGAAUUCAACCCCCUGGCCCUGCUCCUGGACUCCUCUCUGGAGGGAUUUGACCUCGUGCGAGAAUUAAUCUAUGAGGGUACUGUUGAUGACCCAAGCCUGCCGAAUUGAUGAGGGUCAACCGCCCUUCACAAUGCCGUGUGCGCGGGCCAUACAGAAAUCGGAAGUUCCUGGUGCAGUUGUGUGACGUUAUGCGCAGACAGUGACGGAUGGACCCCGCUGCACUGCGCGGCCUCUUGCAACAACGUGCAGGUGUGUAAGUUCCUGGUGGAGUCCGGAGCCGCCGUGUUCGCCACCACCUACAGCGACACGCAGACCGCCGCCGCCAAGUGCGAGGAGGUGGAGGAGGGCUACGCCCAGUGCUCACAGUUCCUUUACGGAGUGCAGGAGAAGAUGGGCAUCAUGAACAAAGGGGUCCUGUACGCGCUGUGGGACUACGAGCCUCAGCACGGCGACGAGCUGCCCCUGCGAGAGGGGGACUGCCUGGCCGUGCUGCGGCGGGAGGACGAGGAGGAGACCGAGUGGUGGUGGGCGCGCCUGCAGGACCAGGAGGGCUACGUGCCCCGCAACUUGCUGGGGCUGUACCCCAGAAUUAAACCCAGACAAAGGAGCUUGGCCUGAACUACGGAGUUUUAGUUUCUGAAGAACUCAUCUGUUAUCAGUAAGGAGAAGUGACGUGAUUGUUUGUGGCACAUUUCACAAGACUGCUGACGACGUCACUGGAAGGCAUCUGGAAUGGGCUCUGGAGGGAGGUGAAGGAUUUGGGGAGUUGGCUCUCCGAGGGGGACCUCGGCGUGAUAAACUGGCCGUGCUGUGCUGGGGAAGCAUGUUUCGCGGAGCAGAGGACAGACAGUGACGUCCUGUUUGAGAGAGAAGUGGGGCCGCUCCGUGGGCUCCGUGUCCCACCUGCUUGCUGUUGGUCGGCGCGUCCCCUGCAGCCGCCCCACCGGGAAGGACCAGAGCCGUGGAGGCGGCCCCGGGACCUUGGGACACAGGCCACACGCUCAGAACCACGUGUUGGCGGUGUGGGAGGCCCUUCGUGUAGGAGUUUGUAGCGUCUUCGGAGUCGCUUGUGGAAGGAAUCCUGGGACCGAGCCACAGCACAGCUACCUGAAUGUGGAAUCUGGUUUUUAGGGGGAUUUGAAUCUAUAUUUAUUGUCUUUUGUAUCCUGGAAAUUGGAGACAUCGCUAUAUAGACUUAACCGUGAAAUUUUAUCAAGAUCGUUGCUGACUUUAAAAACAAUUGUAAUAAAAUUAAAACUUUUGGACUCUAAGCUU